UUUAUCAGUUCUGUUCGCGCGCGCGAAGUUGAGGGCGUUCGAGAAUCUUGGUAGAGCCGUUUCCUUGGUUAUCUCUGGGUCCAUGUUGACAAUUUAGUUUGCAUGCUAGAGAGGUAACUUGCAUGUUUUUUUGGGGGGGUCAACUCUUGUAUUCCAUAACGGACCGGUAAAGCGUUUGAACCAUUUCGUUAGUUCUGUUGUCAUAACUUGGAGUUUGCCAACGUUGUGUUAAACCAAAAUCAUACAUGGGGUCAAACUGCCCGUUUGGUUUGGAAAAACUUUUUUGACAUAUUCAUUUAUUGGGAUAUAUUUACAGAACUAACACAGGUAACGCAUUUAUUUAUACACCUCGAACAAUGAAGCUUCAGUGCGAUGUCGAAGUCGUGAACCGGAUGCUUCCCACGUAUGGGAUGAAAAACCGAGGAAAGGGAGCAAGGGCUGUGCUGUCUAUUGGGAGACAUGUGGACAAGACCACACAACGCCACAACAUUUAUCUAAUGAUCUGUACAGCAAAGGAUAGGACAGGCUCAAAAUAUAAGAUAAAAGAAAACAUUGAAACAUUCUUCACCAGGUUUGUUGAGGAGGGAAAAGCCACUGUGAGACUGAAGGAGCCCGCUGUUGACAUCUGCUUGAGCAAGGCUGAUGCUAACAGCUUGAAGAACUUCCUCUCGGCUGCUCGGUUGGCUCACAGAGGAAAUGACACGGACAGCCUGCCUCUCUCUACACUGACGCCCGUCCGAGCCAGGGAUGUGGAGAAGCCCAAGAAGAAGCUUACUAUUGUAUCGAAGAAGGACUAUCCAUUGACCUCCAAUUUUCCCUACUCAUUAGAGCAGCUCCAGGUGUCCUACUGCAAGCUCUCACGGGUGGACAUGCGAAUGCUCUCCCUCAAGGCACUGCGCAGACUGGACCUCAGUAAUAAUAACAUAAAAAAACUUCCUGACACUAUCGGCGACCUGGGCUGCCUGGCUGAGCUUAUUCUCCACAACAACCACUUAGAGACCUUUAGUGAAGCCCUCUGCCUGUCCAGCCUCCAGCGCACACUUCAACACCUCGACCUGAGUCAGAACCGCCUGCAGGCCCUGCCGCUUCAGUUCUGCCAGCUGCGAGAGCUGAUCAACCUCAAGAUGGACAACAACGGACUGGUGUGGCUGCCCUUUCGCAUCAGCCAUCUCUCCAAGCUGCGCUUUUUGUCAGCUGCACACAACCAGCUGGCCCUGCUGCCAGGGGACUUCCGAAAGUUAACUCUGGAGAACCUGGACCUGUUUGGUAAUCCGUUCGCCCAUCCCAACCCCCUGGACCACACCAUCCAGCUCACCUUCCCCCUGACAUUGCAGGAGAUGGCCGCCAGGGCUGUGGCCAACCUCAGAAUCCCUUACGGGCCUCAUCUCAUCCCUGCCCACCUUUGUCAAGACCUGGAGGUUGCCAAGACCUGUGACUGUGGCUGUACCUGUGUGAACUACUACAUCAAAACAGCAGUCAGCAUGAAUCUGCAUCUGAUCUCUCACACUGUGGUUUUGGUAGAUGACAUGGGAGGAACAGAUGCACCGGUGCAGCAUCACUUUUGCUCCUUAUCAUGUUACUCUGAGUUCCUAGACCAAUGCCUUCAGCGAGGCCUGAGAUGAUUAAGUCCCUCAACUGUUCCUCGGCAAUCAGUACAGUAACUAGGUUUCCAUCCAAUUUGCGACAGAUUUUCAUGCGAAUAUUCUGAAAUCGGCAUUUUAAAAAAUAUGCUUGUUUUCCCAUCAGAUGUUUCCAUCAAAUGUACUUUUUGCGGAUAAAUGCUGUGUGUGAUGACGUAGUGCACAUAAACAUAACUUUUCAUUGUUAAAGUCCCAUGUACUGAAUGUGAAAAUACAAGUUCAAUAGGUUUCCAUCGUAUUGUCAAGUCUACUGAUGGGUUUUGUCACAACUGUUGAGUUAUACAGCAAAUGUACCCACUCUGGUCUUGGCAUGUGCGCUCUAGUCAACCGCGCGCAGAUACAGUGCAGGUAGGCUAGACUGUAAUGUAAAGGGCAGUAUGAACUCUUUGGACAUUGGACCCAACACGCAUCUCACAACUGCUUAUGUGACCACUGGUUGGACAUAUGCUGAUGUUCAGACAUUUUGUCUUCAAGCGUGUUUCCCAAUCAGUGUUACAGAUUGAGAAACCUAAAAUGACAAGUAGUAGUUUUAUAUCUGUUUAAACAAGGUCUUUGUGUAUAUAAAACUUUUUUUUAUAUAUGUUUGUGGAAUUCAAAAAAAUGUUUUAUUUUUACUGUAUUGGUACAAGUUUGAAAGGAAAUUAAAGAAACUAUCCAUA